AUGGAAAAAAUGGCUGAAGCUUCUGCUGAGUUGUUGGAUUGGCCAAAGAAGGAUAACCGUCGAUUUCUCCAUGUUGUCUACCGUGUUGGUGAUCUUGAUCGCACAAUCAAGUUUUACACUGAGUGCUUUGGUAUGAAGCUGCUGAGGAAAAGAGAUAUCCCGGAGGAGAAGUAUUCUAAUGCUUUUCUGGGUUUUGGACCUGAAACAUCCAACUUUGUUGUGGAGCUGACAUAUAAUUAUGGUGUUAGCUCAUAUGACAUUGGAACUGGAUUUGGGCAUUUUGCCAUUUCAACUCAAGAUGUUUCGAAAAUGGUUGAGACCGUCCGUGCCAAUGGUGGAAACGUCACCAGGGAACCUGGUCCGGUCAAAGGUGGAGGCAGUGUCAUUGCGUUUGUGAAGGACCCUGAUGGUUACCCUUUUGAGCUCAUCCAGAGAGGUCCGACUCCUGAGCCUCUCUGUCAAGUCAUGCUUCGUGUUGGUGAUCUUGACCGCGCCAUCAAGUUCUAUGAAAAGGCUCUUGGGAUGAGACUCUUGAGAAAGAUUGAGAGACCUGAAUACAAGUACACCAUAGGCAUGAUGGGAUAUGCUGAGGAGUACGAGUCGAUAGUUUUGGAGCUGACCUAUAACUACGAUGUGACUGAGUACACAAAGGGCAAUGCAUAUGCGCAGAUUGCAAUAGGGACCGAUGAUGUGUACAAAAGCGGUGAAGUUGUGAAGAUAGUGAACCAAGAGCUAGGAGGAAAGAUCACUAGAGAGGCCGGACCUCUUCCUGGACUCGGCACCAAGAUUGUCGCUUUCCUCGAUCCUGAUGGCUGGAAAACGUUGUUGCGGAUUUUCUUGCAUCCUAGAGAGAGAGAGAGAAUGAAUCUGGUCUUGUCCAAUAAUUAUACGGAAACCAAUUUAGCGACUUGGGAUUUAGAUUCAGGUUCUGGUGGACAACAAAGAUUUUCUGAAGGAACUGGAAUAAGGAGAGAGAUGAUGAUGGUCGAGGUCACGACGCUAAGAAGGAACCAUAAUGUGAUGAUAAUAAAAGAAAAUGAGACUAGUAAAAUGAAUAAUACUCUAUACGUAUACACAGUAGGUUGCCGACGGGUGAUAUUUUUGUUGACUUCGACAGCGACGAUAGUAAAAACGGCUGAAGCUUCUUCUGCUGAGUUGUUGGAUUGGCCAAAGAAAGAUAACCGUCCAUUACUCCAUGUUGUCUACCGUGUUGGUGAUCUUGAUCGGACAAUCAAGUUUUACACUGAGUGCUUUGGUAUGAAGCUGCUGAGGAAAAGAGAUGUUCCGGAGGAGAAGUAUACUAAUGCUUUCCUGGGUUUUGGACCUGAAACAUCCAACUUCGUUGUGGAGCUGACAUAUAAUUAUAAUGUUAGCUCAUAUGACAUUGGAACUGGAUUUGGGCAUUUUGCCAUUGCAACUCAAGAUGUUUCGAAAGUGGUUGAGACCGUCCGUGCCAAGGGUGGAAAAGUCAUCAGGGAACCUGGUCCGGUCAAAGGUAGAGGCAGUGUCGGUGCGUUUGUGAAGGACCCUGAUGGUUACGCUUUUGAGCUCAUCCAGAGAGGUCCAACUCGUGAACCGCUCUGUCAAGUCAUGCUUCGUGUUGGUGAUCUUGACCGCGCCAUCAAGUUCUAUGAAAAGGCCCUUGGGAUGAAACUCUUGAGAAAGAUUGAGAGACCUAGUAACAAGUACACCAUAGGCAUGAUGGGAUAUGGUAAGGAAUCCGAUUCGACAGUGUUGGAACUGACCUAUAAACACGGCGUGACUCAGUACACAAAGGGCACUGCAUAUGCGCAGAUGGCAAUAGGGACCGAUGAUGUGUACAAAAGUGGUGAAGUUGUGAAGAUAGUGAACCAAGAGCUCGGAGGAAAGAUCACUAGAGAGGCCGGACCUGUUCCUGGACUCGGCACCAAGAUUGUCUCUUUCCUCGAUCCAGAUGGCUGGAAAACGGUUCUUGUAGACAACAAAGAUUUUCUCAAGGAACUGAAAUGA